UUUCGCGACCUCCCUCACACUUCCCCUUUACCCUCCGACCCUCCCUCCUCCCCUCACACUCCUUCACAAUGCUCUCCGGUAUCUUAAUUUUUAAUCAAAAAGGCGAAAACCUAAUCUUCCGUGCCUUCCGCAAUGACUGCCGCCCCCGGUUGGCCGACAUCUUCCGCAUCCAGGUCAUCUCGAACCCGCAAGUACGCUCGCCCAUUCUCACGCUAGGAUCUACGACGUUCAGCCAUGUGAAGCACGAGAAUAUCUACCUGGUGGCGGUGACGAAGAGCAACGCCAAUGCGGCGCUCGUGUUUGAGUUUCUGUAUCGAUUGGUGAUGCUGGGGAAGAGCUAUUUUGGGAAGUUCGAUGAGGAGGCAGUCAAGAAUAAUUUUGUUUUGGUUUAUGAGUUGCUGGAUGAGAUCCUCGAUUUCGGAUAUCCCCAAAACACGGAAACGGACACCCUGAAGAUGUACAUCACGACGGAGGGAGUCAAAUCCGCCAUCGUCAACAACCCCACCGACUCAAGCCGCAUCACCAUGCAAGCCACCGGCGCGCUCUCCUGGCGCCGCUCCGAUAUCAAAUACCGGAAGAACGAGGCCUUCGUAGACGUGAUCGAAGAUGUCAACCUCCUCAUGUCCGCGACAGGCACCGUGCUCCGCGCCGACGUCAACGGCCAGAUCGUCAUGCGCGCCUACCUCUCCGGCACGCCGGAGUGCAAGUUCGGACUCAACGACCGCUUACUACUCGACACCGAUGCGGCCGGUGGCCCAGAGUCCCGUAGCCGGGGCAUAACAACAAAGGGGACUCGCGCCGCGGCGGGCUCUGUCACACUGGAGGACUGUCAAUUCCACCAGUGCGUGAAACUGGGCCGUUUCGACGCAGACCGGAUCAUCUCGUUUGUUCCGCCGGACGGCGAGUUCGAGCUCAUGCGAUACCGCGCGACGGAGAACGUAAACCUCCCGUUCAAGGUGCACCCUAUCGUCAGGGAGGUGGGUACGACGAAGGUCGAAUAUAGCGUCGCCAUCAAGGCGAACUAUAGCUCAAAGCUCUUCGCAACGAACGUCGUCAUUCGCAUCCCAACCCCGCUCAACACAGCCAAAACCACCGAGCGCACCAGUCAAGGCCGCGCCAAGUACGAGCCCGAACACAACAACAUUGUCUGGAAGAUCGCCCGUUUCUCCGGUGGAAGCGAAUACGUGCUCACGGCCGAGGCAACGCUCACCAGCAUGACACAUCAGAAAGCUUGGAGCCGACCGCCACUCAGUCUCUCGUUCAGUCUUCUCAUGUUCACAAGUAGCGGACUGCUGGUCCGGUAUCUCAAGGUGUUCGAGAAGAGCAACUAUAGCAGUGUGAAAUGGGUACGGUAUAUGACACGAGCAGGAAGUUACGAAAUUCGAUUCUAGCUUGUCACUGCAGGCCAGGCAGCCAGAUUCACCAUUCAUCUAUACCAUUAGCAAUGGCAUUAUCGACAUCACUGUCAGGAUCAGUAUCUAUUAACUAACCAUAAGCUGGGUGUAUGGCGUUGUGGUCCUUGUUUCUUUCCUGGAUAUGUACUGUAUGAGCGAGACUAUAAUUGUAUAGUUUUCUGAGAAGCCUUUUUCUAUUAU